AUGGCAGAAGGAGUCCUCUUCAACAUUGCAGAAGGGAUCAUUGGCAGGUUGACCUCCCAUGCGUUCCAAGAGAUGGGAUUGAUUUGGGGUGUCAAAGAUGAGCUCCUGAAGCUUGAGGAGACAGUUGCCCAAAUCCAAGCUGUUCUUCUUGAUGCAGAGCAAAAGCAAGCGACUCAUGCAGUCAAAUUGUGGCUUCAAAGCCUAGAAGAUGCUGUUUAUCAAGCUGAUGACGUGCUAGAUGAAUUUUAUGCUGAAGGACAGUGGAGACAAAUGAUGCCCGGAAAUAAUCAAGUGUUAAAGCAGGUAUGCAUCUUCUUCUCUAGCUCAAACCAGCUUGCUUUUCGGCUAAAGAUGGGUCAUAAGAUUAAAAGUAUUAAGGAGAGACUUAAUGUGAUUGCAUCUCGUAGAAACUUUCACUUAGAAGUGAGUCGUGAAGAUACACGAUUUAGAAGGGUAACUCACUCUUUUGCCCCUACGGAAACUAUUAUAGGGAGAAAUGAAGAUAAAAAUGCAAUUAAACAACUCUUGUUUGAUACCGUCUCUGAAGAGAAUGUAUCAAUCAUUUCCAUAGUCGGAUUCGGAGGAUUGGGAAAAACUGCACUUGCCCAACUCUUAUUCAACGAUCCAGAGGUCCAAACUUAUUUUGAGCUGAAAAUGUGGAUAUGUGUCUCUAAUGUAUUUGAGUUGGAUGUACUAGUUAAGAAAAUCAUUCAAUCUGCAACUAAUGACAUAGCCAAAAGUCUUGAGAUUGAUCAGUUGCAAAAAGAACUGAGGAAAAUAAUAGAUGGGAAGAGAUACCUCCUUGUGUUAGAUGAUGUUUGGAACGAGAAUCGUGAAAAAUGGUUUGGCUUGCAAAACUUGUUGUUGGGUGGUGCAAAAGGUAGCAAAAUACUAAUAACCACUCGUAGUGAAAUAGUUGCAAAAAUAACAGACACAUCUAAACCAUAUAACAUUAGGGGCUUAAGUGAAGCGCAGUCUUGGUAUUUGUUUAAGAAAAUGGCAUUCCAAGAUGGAAAAGAGCCAACGAGUUCAACCAUUAAGGCCCUUGGGGAGGAGAUUGCUAGAAAAUGUAAGGGGGUUCCGCUUGCUAUAAGGACCAUAGGACGGAUGUUGUACACUAGAGAUCCAGAAACUGAGUGGUUAGCUUUCAAGAAUAACAAGCUUUCAACAAUAAGGCAAGAAGAAACUGAUAUUUUACCAACACUUCAGCUGAGUUAUGAUGUUCUCCCAUCACAUUUGAAACAUUGUUUUGCUUAUUGUAGUUUGUUCCCGCCUGAUUAUAAGAUUCCCGUACAUAAUUUAAUUAAGCUGUGGGUGGCACAAGGGUUUGUUAAGUCUUCAAAUCCUAAUGAGUGCUUGGAAGAUGUUGGUUAUGCAUAUUAUAACGAACUAGUUUGGAGAUCUUUUUUGCAAGAAGAAGAAAAAGAUGAGUUUGGUAUAAUACAAAGCUGUAAAAUGCAUGAUCUCAUGAAUGAACUUGCUGUUAAAGUGGCAGGGGAGGGAAGCACAAUAAUAGAUCGCAAUAAGACUGAUUUUGAUGCAAAAUGUCUUCUUCAUGUAUCUUUCGAUUUUAAGGUUGAUUUGUCGAAAUGGAAGAUACCAACAUCCUUGCUGGAAUCAAAUAAGCUAAGGACUUUUCUUUUCCUAAGACAAGAGUGGCAGGAGAGACAAGAGCGGCAGGAGAAGUCAUUUUGUGCUACACUUGCUUCAAAUUUUAAGUCAUUGCGUACGUUGAGUUUGAAUAAAUUGGGAAUUACAAAAUUGCCAAAAUGUCUUAGGAAAAUGAAACAUUUAAGAUAUCUUGAUCUUAGUGAUAACAAAAAAAUGGAGAGACUUCCAAAUUGGAUAGUCAAACUUCAAAAUUUGGAAACACUAGAUCUCUCAAGAUGUAAGUCUCUUGUGGAAUUGCCUAGAGAUAUCAAGAAAUUGAUCAACUUGAGGCAUCUCAUUCUGGAACGCUGUUAUGAAUUGGCUCGAAUUCCUCAUGGAUUGGGUGAUUUGGCUUGUCUUCGUACUUUGAGUAGAUUUGUUUUGAGCAAAAAUAAUUCCAUGUUGAGGGACAGUGCAGGGCUCAGUGAGUUGGGGAAGUUGAAGAAUUUAAGAGGAGAGUUGGAGAUUAGAAAUUUGAGGUGCGAGCAAGAUAUGGUGUUAGAAUUGAAUUAUGAUGGUGCAGUUUUGAAGGAGAAGCAACAUCUCUAUUCGUUGACUUUACAUUGGAUGCGUGUUGAAAGAGUAAAUAGUGAUGCGAUUGAGGAGGAGAGUGAUGUAAUUAUUAAGUCAAUGGAAGCGCUGCAGCCCCAUUCAAGUCUAAAACAAUUAGUCGUGGAAGGAUUCCCGGGUGAGAGGCUUGCGAGUUGGUUUCAUUCUCUCACAAAUAUUGUUAAUCUCCGAUUGUAUUACUGUGACAGAUGCCAACAUCUUCCACCGUUGGAUGAUUUACCUUUUCUUAAGCGUCUUAUGCUUUUCUGUUUAUGGAAUUUGGAGUACAUAUCAUCAGAAGACAAGGUUAAGGACUUUGCCAGUGAGAUGAUGAUGUCAGCUGCUUCUCCCUCCUUAAGGGAACUGAAAAUUUGGAGUUUGCCGAAAUUGGCCUCACUACCAGAAGGGAUGGGCAACCUCAAAUCACUUCAGUUGCUUUGGAUAUUGGAUUGCCCUAAUUUGGCAUCACUCCCAGAAGGGCUUCGUUGCCUCACCUCAUUACAACGGUUGAUAAUUGGGUGUUGCCCCCCCAUCUUAAAGCAAAGAUGCCAGAAAGAAACAGGUGAGGACUGGUCCAAGAUUGCUCACAUCCCAAACAUCAGCAUUGAUAAUCAUAAAUAUUAAGGAUUGGGUGAGUGGAGAUUGGGUCCCCACUAAAAACUUUUAU